GCACCCUCUUCAAAAACUGGGUCUGUGACUACAACAUAUUGCUGCAAUCAGGACCAUUGCAAUAAAAUAGAACUUCCAACUACUGAUCCCAAAGGAAUAUAAAAAUGAGGGCAACCUAUGUUAAUACUAGUGGAAUUAAUGGUAGAAUGCCACCCACAUGCCAACACUUGUGAGGAACUUCUGCAGUUCUGCAAUUUACAGUACAGAUGACACCAGACUGGUAAAGAAUAGGAUCAAUAACUAAUAAGAAAGGUUAGUCAUUGAAAAGUCCGACCAAUAACUUAGACGAGGGAUUGGGGGUGAGUGAGGGUACGGGGCGAACUCUCAGUUCCCUUUUAGGAAGCACCUGGCUUCAGUGCUCAGAGGAGCAGACACAGUUGCUCACUUUCCACUCAGAGUUGGUCCAGGCCUUGUGCUAAUUAAAGGAGGAAGCACUGCUGUAGCGCAGAAGGAAAAGGCCAGUCCUCCACCUGUUCAGCAUGAUAAUGCAGCUCUCCCGUGGUAAGGGUUGGUUAGACUACUAUGUCUUUGACUUUGAUGAAAGCAUCUGCAGUUAUAAUGUGACAAAGAAAAGGAUAAUUCCAGAAUUUCCCAUUUCCAUCAUUUGAGCUUGAAAUAUCUGAAUAGAGAUUUAUAAAACCUUGUGAAGAAGUCACCUCAUUUCUCAUGUUUCUAAUUACCAUAUAUAAACUUCUCAUUUCCAGCUCUAAGAUAAGCAAACAGCAAAACAUUACCAGUGAAGAGUUAGGAGCUCAAAAGAAGUAGUCUGAACUAGAUAGAUUAGAUGUCAUCCUAUGAAAUAGGUUUACCACAUGAUAGGGAGGAACUUUCAAACAGUCCAGGGUCUAUUUUCAGUUAUUCACUAUGAAAUGAGAACAUUUCACGGUUGUUAAAGGUUGCUUUCAGAAGAAAAGCCCAACUGAUGAAUGUUUUUAAAAAUGCACUAUUGAGAGCGAACAACAGACUGGAUGCCAUAAUUUUAUAGUCAAGUUUGGGACAAGCUUAAGAAAUUGUGUUACAAUUCAGAGAAAAGACAGUUGGUGAGCAUAUUAAGAGAUAUAGGGAACAGAUUUAGAUGAUCCAAUAUGCUUAUUAUCAGAAUUCCAGAAAAAGGCAUGAGACUAGAAAGAAGACAGAAUACCAGGCAAAAUUAAUGAAAAAAUAUUAAUCCAAACACAUGUAAUAAAAAGUAUCAGUUUCAAAAAUAAAAGAAUUAUAUAAGCAUUUAACACACAUAAACAUUGGUUACCUAUAAAAGGCAAAAAAAAAAAAAAAGUUCAGAUUUUCUGCUUAAAUAUCAGAGGGCAAAUGGAACAUUUUUGUAGUCACCUAAAAUUCUUUAAAUAGGCCAAGAUUUUUCAUAUACAAAGGCAACAGCCUUCUUGCCACAAGUUCAGUGUACAAGGACGCAUGGACUGUUCCUGAAGGAAAUUACUAGAAAUAGGACUCUGUAUGAUAAGAGAUUAAUCUACUGAAGAUCUCAAGAAUGGGAAAGAUGUGGUAUGAAAGAAAUGGUGGUAAGUAGUAAACCAGCAAGGCUCAGGAUGAAUGUCAGAAUAAUUGUAAUUUUCUGAAACAACCAGAAAAUUUUAAUUAUUAAUGGAAGUUACAAGAAAAUGAUCUGGACUUAAAAGUUCAGGUUAAGAUAGAAUAAAAAGUAUGCAAACUCUGUUAAAAAAAAAAAAAAAAAAAGAUAUGUUCUGCCUUUAAAAAAUUGGUGGAGCUAUUGGCUGGGCACGGCUCAUGCCUGUAAUCCCAGCACUUUGGGAAGCCAAAGUGAGUGAAUCACUUGAGGUCAGGAGUUCGAGACUAGCCUUGAGCAACAUGGUGAAACCUGUCUCUACUAAGAUACAAAAAUUAACCAGGUAUGGUGGCACAUGCCUGUAAUCCCAGCUACCUGAGAGGCUCAGGCAGGAGAACUGCUUGAACCCGGGAGGCGGAGGUUGCAGUGAGCCAACAUCAUACCACUAUACUCCAACCUGGGCAACAAGAGUGAAACUCUGUCUCAAAAAAAAAAAAAAAAAAAUUGGUGGAGAUAUAAAUACUAAAAUGUGAGUUGUUUGGGAGUGAUGAAGAUGUAUGUGUGUGUUUGUUUGUUUGUUUUGAUAUUUUUGUUUGUUUUUCCUGCUAUGAGCAUGUACUGGCCUUGGAACAAGAAGACAAGUCAAACACACUUUUAAAAAUAUAUAUGAUUUUUAAGGAGACGUUAAUGGGUAUUGUUACAGGUUAUUGGUAUUACUGACCUGAUGUGAUAAGUGGGGAAGGUACUAUGAUAUUGGUAGCAGCUGGCCUUGUAAUGAUGGCUGAAGAGUACAGAAGGAGUAAGUGGGUGCUGACAGAGCUGGUGUGCAUGAAAGGAGGCCUAGUAGGAGAAGACUGAAUGAUUCACUUGUUCUGGGUUUGAGCCCUAUAAACUGCUGUAAUGAGGCUCUUUGGCUAUGUGGUGGCAGUGGCCAGCUGCAGCAAUUGUGUAGGAUUAGGAAAAUGGGGGUUGCCACCUACAGUGUUUUUGUUGUUGUUGAUGUUUAUUUCACUCAAGGCCCUUUUUCAGUAAAGUCAUCACCUGGCCUUGGUCCCGUGGAACUGGCAGCUGUCAUUGCUGGACCAGUGUGCUUUGUCUGCAUCUCACUCAUGUUGAUGGUGUAUAUCUGCCACAACCGCACUGUCAUUCACCAUCGAGUGCCAAAUGAAGAGGACCCUUCAUUAGAUCGUCCUUUUAUUUCAGAGGGUACUACGUUGAAAGACUUAAUUUAUGAUAUGACAACAUCAGGUUCUGGCUCAGGUUUACCAUUGCUUGUUCAGAGAACAAUUGCGAGAACUAUUGUGUUACAAGAAAGCAUUGGCAAAGGUCGAUUUGGAGAAGUGUGGCGAGGAAAGUGGCGGGGAGAAGAAGUUGCUGUUAAGAUAUUCUCUUCUAGAGAAGAACGUUCAUGGUUCCGUGAGGCAGAGAUUUAUCAAACUGUGAUGUUACGUCAUGAAAACAUCCUGGGAUUUAUAGCAGCAGACAAUAAAGACAAUGGCACUUGGACUCAGCUCUGGUUGGUGUCAGAUUAUCAUGAGCAUGGAUCCCUUUUUGAUUACUUAAACAGAUACACAGUUACUGUGGAAGGAAUGAUAAAACUUGCUCUGUCCACAGCGAGCGGUCUUGCCCAUCUUCACAUGGAGAUUGUUGGUACUCAAGGAAAGCCAGCCAUUGCUCACAGAGAUUUGAAAUCAAAGAAUAUCUUGGUAAAGAAGAAUGGAACUUGCUGUAUUGCAGACUUAGGACUGGCAGUAAGACACGAUUCAGCCACAGAUACCAUUGAUAUUGCUCCAAACCACAGAGUGGGAACAAAAAGGUACAUGGCCCCUGAAGUUCUUGAUGAUUCCAUAAAUAUGAAACAUUUUGAAUCCUUCAAACGUGCUGACAUCUAUGCAAUGGGCUUAGUAUUCUGGGAAAUUGCUCGACGAUGUUCCAUUGGUGGAAUUCAUGAAGAUUACCAGCUGCCUUAUUAUGAUCUUGUACCUUCUGACCCAUCAGUGGAAGAAAUGAGAAAAGUUGUUUGUGAACAGAAGUUAAGGCCAAAUAUCCCAAACAGAUGGCAGAGCUGCGAAGCCUUGAGAGUAAUGGCUAAAAUUAUGAGAGAAUGUUGGUAUGCCAACGGAGCAGCUAGGCUUACAGCAUUGCGGAUUAAGAAAACAUUAUCACAACUCAGUCAACAGGAAGGCAUCAAAAUGUAAUUCUACGACUUUGCCUGAACUCUACUUUUUUCUUCAGAUCUGCUCCUGGGUUUUAAUUUGGGAGGUCAAUUGUUCUACCUCACUGAGAGGGAACAGAAGGAUGUUGCUUCCUUUUGCAGCAGUGUAAUAAAGUCAAUUAAAAACUUCCCAGGAUUUCUUCGGACCCAGGAAACAGCCGUGUGGGUCCUUUCUGUGCACUAUGAACGCUUCUUUCCCAGGACAGUUACAAAAUGUUGUGUAGUCUACCUUUAUUUUUUAUUAACAAAACUUGUUUUUUAAAAAGAUGAUUGCUGGUCUUAACUUUAGGUAACUCUGCUGUGCUGGAGAUCAUCUUUAAGGGCAAAGGAGUUGGAUUGCUGAGUUAUAAUGAAACAUUUCUUAUUAUUAAAGAAAGUGAUUUGCUCCUGGUUAGUACAUUCUCAGAGGAUUCUGAACCACUAGUGUUUCCUUGAUUCAGACUUUGAAUGUACUGUUCUAUAGUUUUUCAGGAUCUUAAAACUAACACUUAUAAAACUCUUAUCUUGAGUCUAAAAAUGACCUCAUAUAGUAGUGAGGAACAUAAUUUAUGCAGUGGUAUUUUGUAUACUAUUAUUGUUCUUUCACUUAUUCAGAACAUUACAUGCCUUCAAAAUGGGAUUGUACUAUACCAGUAAGUGCCACUUCUGUGUCUUUCUAAUGGAAAUGAGUAGAAUUGCUGAAAGUCUCUAUGUUAAAAACCUAUAGUGUUUGAAUUCAAAAAGCUUAUUUAUCUGGUAACCCAAACUUUCUCUAUUUUGUUUUUUGGAAGGGUUUUUGUGAUAUGUCAUUUGGUAUUCUGUUUUGAAAAUGCCUUUCUCCUACCAAAAUGUGCUUAAGCCACUAAAGAAAUGAAGUGGCAUUAAUUAGUAAAUUGUUAGCAUGGUCAUGUUUGAAUAUGCUCACAUCAAGCUUUUGCAUUUUAAUUGUGUUGUCUAAGUAUACUUUUAAAAAAUCAAGUGGCACUCUAGAUACUUACAGUACUUUAAUAUUUGUAGCAUACAGACUAAUUUUUCUAAAAGGGAAAGUUUGUCUAGCUGCUUGUGAAAAGUUAUGUGGUAUUCUGUAAGCCAUUUUUUUCUUUAUCUGUUCAAAGACAGUGUUAUUUUUUUAAGAAAUGAAUUACAUUUAAAAUUAGAAUAUGGUUAAUGUUAAAUAAUAGGCCUUUUUCUAGGAAGGCGAAGGUAGUUAAUAAUUUGAAUAGGUAACAGAUGUGCAAGAGAGUCACAUUUGUUAUGUAUGUAGGAGUAAACGUUCGGUGGAUCCUCUGUCUUUGUAACUGAGGUUAGAGCUAGUGUGGUUUUGAGGUCUCACUACAUUUUGAGGAAGGCAGCUUUUAAUUCAGUGUUUCCUUAUGUGUGCGUACAUUGCAACUGCUUACUUUACAUGUAAUUUAUGUAAUGCAUUCAGUGCACCCUUGAUAUUUGGGAGAGGUGGUAGCUAAAGAACAUUCUGAGUGUAGGUUCUUCUCCAUUUACAGAUGUUUUUGGUCAAAUAUUGAAAGCAAACUUGUCAUGGUCUUCUCACAUUAAGUUGAAACUAGCUUAUAAUAACUGGUUUUUAAUUCUAAUGCUGUGAAGUCUCUGCAGAGCUUUUACAGUUUUCGAAGUCCUUUUAUCACUGUGAUCUUAUUCUGAGGGGAGGAAAAACUAUCAUACCUGUGAGGCAAGACUUCGACUUUAUAGUGCUAUCAGUUCCCCAAUACAGGGUCAGAAUAACCGAUACAGUAUUUUGGUCAGGAAGAGAAAGUGGCCAUUUACACUGAAUGAGUUGCAUUCUGAUAAUGUCUUAUCUCUUAUACGUAGAAUAAAUUUGAAAGACUAUUUGGUCUUAAAACCAAAGUAAUUUUAGAAUGAGUGACAUAUUACAUAGGAAUUUAGUAUCAAUUUCAUGUGUUUAAAAACAUGGGAAAAAUGCUUAGAGAUUACUAUUUUGACUACAAAGUUGAGUUUUUUCUGUAGUUACCAUAUUUCAUUGAAGCAAAUGAAUGAGUUUGAGAGGUUUGUUUUUAUAAUUGUGUUAUAUUACUUGUUUAAUAAUAAUCUCUAAUUCUGUGAUCAGGUACUUUUUUUGUGGGUUUUUUUUUGGGGGGAGGGGGGCCAUUUCUAAGCCUACCAGAUCUGCUUUAUGAAAUCCAGGGGACCAAUGCAUUUUAUCACUAAAACUAUUUUUAUAUAAUUUUAAGAAUAUACCAAAAGUUGUCUGAUUUAAAGUUGUAAUACAUGAUUUCUCACUUUCAUGUAAGGUUAUCCACUUUUGCUGAAGAUAUUUUUUACUGAAUCAAAGAUUGAGUUACAAUUAUACUUUUCUUAACCUAAGUGGAUAAAAUGUACUUUUGAUGAAUCAGGGAAUUUUUUUAAAGUUGGAGUUUAGUUCUAAAUUGACUUUACAUAUUAUUGCAGUUAAUUCCUUUUUUGGCUAGGGAUGGUUUGAUAAAUCACAAUUGGCUAAUAUUGAAAAUGAAGGUAACUUAAAAGGUGGGAUGGAUCAUGAUUACUGUCGAUAACUGCAGAUAAAUUUGAUUAGAGUAAUAAUUUUGUCAUUUAAAAACACAGUCGCUUAUACUGCCCAUCCUAGGAUGCUCACCUUCCAAGAUUCAACUUGGCUAAAACAUCUUCUGGUAAAUUGUGUGUCCACGUUCAUUUUGUCAAUAGCCAGGAGGAAUGGGAAUGGGGAUGGGGGAAAUAUGAAUUAGUGGGGCAUAGACAUCCCUGGUCCAUCCUUUCUGUCUCCAGCUGUUUCUUGCAACCUGCUCUCCGGCUUGCUGGUCCCUGACACAGAGACCAUUGCCUCCCCCACAGCCUUUUGACUGAAGAGCAGCUUUGGAGACCUAGAGUAAAAUGGCUGAUGGAAGUUGUGGGGCAUAUUUCCAUUUCCUUUAGUCAUUAGAGGUAGCAGGGAGGGAUCUCUAAGUUUGGAGAUUGAGCAGAUGAGGCUUCGGAUGCCCCUGCUUUGACUUUAGCCAUGGAUGAGGAGUGGGAUGGCAGUAAGGUGGCUGCUGCAGUGGGAGUUGUGCCAGAAACAGUGGCCAAUUGUAUCCCCUAUAAGACAGGGUAAGGUCUGAAGAGCUGAGCCUGUAAUUCUGCUGUAAUAAUGAUAGUGCUCAAGAAGUGCCUUGAGUUGCUGUACAGUGCCAUGGCCAUCAAGAAUCCCAGAUUUCACUUAUUAUUACAAAAUGUAAGUGAUCACUUGGCGAUUUUGUAGUCCGUGCUUGAGUUACCUUUUUUUUUCUGUGUCUGAGAACUAUCAGAUAUAGGCUGUUUCGUAAAACAAGAUGGCAAAGAGAUCAUUAAAGUGCACAACAAAAUCACUAUCCCAUUAGACACGUCAUCCAAAGCUUAUUUUUAUUCUUGCACUGGAAGAAUCGUAAGUCAACUGUUUGUUUCUUGACCAUGGCAGUGUUCUGGCUCCAAAUGGUAGUGAUUCCAAGUAAUGGUUCUGUUAAUACUUCGGCAGAAAAUGCCAACUCAGAUACUUUGAGAUACUAAGGAUUAUCUCUGGACAUGUACUGCAGCUUCUUGUCUCUGUUUUGGAUUACUGGAAUACCCAUGGGCCCUCUCUCUUAAGAAUGCUGGACUUCUAGGACAUUAUGAUAUUAUGAUGAUUGUCAGUACAUUAAACUUUUAAAUCCCGUUAUGCAAUCUUGUUUGUAAAUGUAAACUUUUAAAAAUAUGGUUAAUAACAUUCAACCUGUUUCUUACAACUUAAAAGGAACUUCAGUGAAUUUGUUUUUAUUUUUUAAAAAGGUUUGUGAACUGAAUAUCAUGAACCAUGUUUUGAUAUCCCUUUUUCACGUGCCAGCGGAAUGGGGUGUUUGAUGUUUCUUCAUAUGUCAAGGAGAUGCUUCAAAAUGUCAAUUGCUUUAAACUUAAAUUACCUCUCAAGAGACCAAGGUACAUUUACCUCAUUGUGUAUAUAAUGUUUAAUAUUUGUCAGAGCAUUCUCCAGGUUUGCAGUUUUAUUUCUAUAAAGUAUGGGUAUUAUGUUGCUCAGUUACUCAAAUGGUACUGUAUUGUUUAUAUUUGUACCCCAAAUAACAUCAUCUGUACUUUCUGUUUUCUGUAUUGUAUUUGUGCAGAAUUCUUUUGGCUUUAUCAGUGUAAUCUCUGCCCUUUAAGAUAUGUACAGAAAAUCUACAUACAAAUUUCCAUUUAAGUCGAAUGAUACUGAGAAGCCUGUAAAGAGGAGAAAAAAACAUAAGCUGCAUUUCCCCAUAAGUUUUUUAAAUUGUAUAUUGUAUUUGUAGUAAUAUUCCAAAUGUAAAUAGGAAAUAGAAGAGUGAUGCUUAUGUUAAGUCCUAACACUACAGUAGAAGAACGGAAGCAGUGCAAAUAAAUUACAUUUUUCCCAAGUGCCAGUGGCAUAUUUUAAAAUAAAGUGUGUAUGUUGGAAUGAGU